AUGCUGGGUAUUGAUGGUCCGGCAAACACGAUGUGGAUACAGGGCGUCGGCGCCAUGGUCAAGCAUGAACACAGCAAGACAACCAGCGUGAAAAUCAAGGGCAAACACUCUUCAACCAUCUUCAAGCUAGAUCAAGUCCGCACAGUGGAUCGACUGGAUAUCACUACCCAAUCGGUCGUCGACAGCGACAUAAAGGAGUGUGGUCACCUGAAAGAAAUACAAGAAGAACUCGUCUACCACCGUGCCUCCCCCAAGUUAUUAAUAGGACAAGAUAACUGGGAUCUCAUCGUGUCAAGAGAAGUACGGGCGGGACGUCGUGACCAACCGGUAGCAUCCUACACGCUACUAGGUUGGGUUCUGCAUGGUUGCAAGACGUCUCUCAGCAACCCGGUGACUUUCUGCGGGCACCUGGUGGAGAAGAAAGAUGACGUCAACAUAGAAGAAAUGAUGAAAAAUUACUUCAAGCUGGAGUCACUAUGCAUCGAACCCAGAAAACCAAAAAAUGAUCCAGAGCAGCGAGCUUUGAAAAUACUAGAACGAGAAAGUCGCCGUCUUCCGAAUGGAAGAUAUGAAACUGGGCUACUUUGGCGAGAAGACAGCAUGAAAAUACCGACCAAUUACACCGAAGCAAGAAAACGCCUGCAUAACCUCGAAAAGAGAUUAGACAGAGAUGAAAACCUGAAAAUUAAAUACAACGAACGAAUCAAUAACCUAAUCACGUCGGGGUAUGCAGAGCACGCCAAGACACCGCCAGCUGAAGACAGAACAUGGUACCUGCCACACUUCCCGGUUGCGAACCCAGCGAAGCCACACAAGCCGCCGCGACUGGUGCAUGACGCCUCCGCUAAGACUGCAGGUCUCAGCCUAAACGACCUGCUGCUUUCUGGACCUGACCUGUUGCAAUCACUGCCUGGGGUGGUGAUGAGGUUCACACAGUACGCCUACGGAGUCUCUGCAGAUAUCAAAGAGAUGUUUAUGCAAGUAAAAAUUAAGAAAGAAGACCGCGACGCGCUCCGUUUCCUGUGGAGAGGUGACCGGCGGGAGGGCGACCCACACGAGUACCGCAUGACGUCAUUAAUAUUCGGAGCGACGUCAUCACCCUGCACCGCUCUCGGAUGGGCAUCAAACAAUCGCAAUACUAUCGACGAGUUUAUAGCAAGCGAGCGAGACAACACUACAGAAAGCGGGACAAAUAGUACAGCGGUUCUGAUUGGCGGGAGCGAUACUGAGCGAGCUCUCGGCUUGUUAUGGGAUAUAAAUGAAGACAUAAUUGGAUUUCAAGUUAACAAAAUAAAAACGCCGCAAGAUAUAUUAGAAAACAAACGGAUACCAACGAAAAGAGAAGCGCUCAGCAUCAUCAUGGCUCUCUUCGACCCCCUUGGCCUCAUAUCACCCAUCACAACGCCAGCGAAAAGAUUACUGCAAGAUACAUGGCGCUAUAAAACAGGCUGGGAUGAAUCGCUACCAGAAGAACUGCAGCCAGCAUGGAGUACUUGGUUGACAUCAUUGCGCACUGUACACAAGAUACGCAUACCACGAUGCUAUGACGUCACACCAGUGGUCACCCAUCAUCUACAUACCUUCGUGGAUGCCAGUGAAGAGGCGUACGCCGCGGCAGUGUACUGGCUGUCACAAAGAGCCGACGGUACCACACAUGUCACCUUGGCCGCCGCUAAAAGUCGCGUCGCACCGCUCAAGCCCGUCUCAAUCCCGAGACUUGAACUUCAAGCUGCGUUAAUGGGUGCGCGCCUCGCACAUACCGUGGCGGAGGAGCACGACUACGAAAUAGCGAAAGACACAACAAAGAAAAAUGAAUGGCGGUGGGUCCCUACACAUGAAAAUGUAGCUGAUGAUGCCACCCGAGGUAUACCAAGCGAAUUCGGACCACAGCACAGAUGGUUCAACGGGCCAUCAUUUUUACAUCAGCCAGAAAACGAGUGGCCGCGAGAAACGAGGACAGCGAUAUCAGUCAAGGGCGAAGAGCGAGAGAGAUGCCAUGUGACCGUUACAAGUACGGCUCACGCACACUUACCUGACAUCGACCGAUUCUCGCGGUGGCUGCCGCUCAUCAAAUGGAGUGCGCGCGUGCUACAAUUUGUUGAUCUCUGUCGACCUCAAAGAAAUAUUGUAGCCGCCACUAAGAAACGAACCAAGAAGAAUGAAAAGGGCGAUGUUGACUGGAGAAAAAAGAAUAAUGAAAAAAUCAUAACAAGAAAUGGAAGAACGAAAAUAACGACGCCCAGCAUCCCGGUGCCAGCGCAGUACCUACUUGAAGCCGAGAGAAUGUGGAUGCGAGCCUGCCAGGAAGAUAGUUUCGGGAAUGAAAUAUUACGAAUAAAAAAGGGAAGUCCAUUUAAUAAACAAGACAGACUGACAGCGCUAAGUACCUACAUCGACACAACCGGAAUGCUGCGAUUAAGAGGACGAAUUACAGCAACAUCGAACGUAGAAAAAUAUGUACUCAACCCACCCGUGUUAGACGGGAAACACAGAUAUACACGUCUGUAUAUACAACACAUACACGAAACAAUGCACCACGGCGGUAUAGAAGCGGUAGUGAAUGAGCUACGGCAGCGGCUGUGGGUUGUAAACAUAAGACCCACAGUACGGAACGUCAUCAAGGGGUGUCUGGUCUGCCAGAUAAGAAGAAAGAAGCCAGCAAGUCCAUCGACCGGUGACCUGCCUGCCGCCCGCCUAGCGCAUCACGCUCGCCCCUUUACCUACACAGGGCUGGACUACUUCGGCCCCAUUGAAACCACAGUCGGACGGCACCGAGAAAAACGGUACGGCGCCCUCUUCACGUGUAUGACAUCACGAGCCAUACACAUUGAAGUGGUGCAUACCCUCGGCACUCAUUCAGCCAUCGCCGCCCUAAGGAGAUUCAUGGCUCGGCGAGGUUGUCCGACGGAAAUAUGGAGCGACAACGCUACGUGUUUCAAGGCAGCUAAAAAGGAACUCAAGGCGGCUAUGGCAGCACUAGAAGAGGAGGCCACCAACCGCAGCAUCGCGUGGAGGUACAUCCCACCCGCUGCUCCCUUCAUGGGCGGGGUAUGGGAACGCAUGGUGCGGUCAGUAAAGGAAGCCUUACGAGUUACGCUGCACGAGCGUUAUCCCACAGACGAGACAUUGGUGACCCUGCUAGCCGAGGUGGAGAAUACAGUCAACUCCCGACCUCUCACUCACGUGUCCGUCACACCGAGCGAUCCGGAGGCAUUAACACCGACCCAUAUCCUGAUCGGCCCUAACUCACACGUGUCUAAUCCCGGAGUGUUCAACAAAGGAGACAUGAACGCACGACAUCAUUGGCGACGAGCACAAGCGUUAGCAGAUGAGUUCUGGAGGCGCUGGGUGGUGGAAUACCUACCCUUACUUCAACACCGGCGGAAGCCCCGAGGUACCGGUGUCCCCCCCAAGGUUGGCGACAUAGUCAUCAUAUGCGACCCCAACCUACCCCGAAAUACAUGGCCACGGGGACGCAUUGUGAAGACCUACCCCGGGAAAGAUAACCCCAACACGGUGCGAGUGGUAGACAUCACAACGAGCAACGGGCGCACCCUGAGAAGACCAACAAAACGAAUCGUCGUGUUACCAGUAGAAUCGCAGGAUUGCGACGGCGGGAGAAAUGUACACGACGGAAUCAAUUAG